GUGAGGUGGGAUAAGUGAGUGCCUCAUAGGGUCCCGGGGGACGGAGAGGUCAAUGCCAGGACUAUGGCACUGGUAUGGCAGCGAGUGUUGGCGGAUUAGAGAGAAAAUGAGGGAGGGAAGGAGGAAGAAAGGAAAGGAGGGAGGGUGAAGGAUGAAGGAAGGAGUGACAUAGAAGGAAGAGUAUAUGAAUUCUUAGUAUGGCAUCGCCUGGUUGUGUGGGGAGGCUGAUGAGUGAUGAUGACAGCUAUGUGUGUGUGUGUGUGUGUGUGUGUGUGUAUCAGGGAUAGGGGAGGGAAGGGGAGACUAUACCAGACAACGUGGGGGCAAAAGUAGCGACGCUGGAUGUAAGAGGCGCGGAGGGGCAGUGUGUGGGCAGGCGUCGUGCCCAGAGGUCGUGGUUGGGUAGUGGUGGUGGAGGUGGUAGUGGUGGUGACUGGUAUACCUGGCAAACACACAGACCGACAAAUACACGCAGCUGCCCGUAGAGCGAAAAACUUCGUCGAUCUUCCGGGGCGGGGCAUGAUGAUGUUUACUCUCACUGCGCGUUUAAUGUAAGAGCUAAAUAUAUUUAUGUACUCUCUGUCUGAUGCAGAACUUACACAUUCGUUUUUUAAUGUACGAAGAUAGAGUGAGACGUUCUCGUAUAGUCUUUAUAUGCUAUUUAUGAUGUACUGACAUUGUGAUUGGUCAUGUGGACUGUGUAUCGAAUUGUUAUUUUGUGAUAAUCUCAGGUUUUCACGUUGGCUGGCCAGUGAUUUGAUUAUUGAAUUUUAGUGAGUAAAUACUUCUGUGGUCGUCAGAAUGAGAUCAAGUUUAGUUAUAGCGUUGUUAGCAGCUACAUGUGAUAUGUUGAUGUAUAGUGUGGUGAGUCAAGACGACUACUGGUACGACUAUAGCGGCGAUGACCACGACGGGUACGAUUACUAUUCCGAGUACGACCAGAAUUUCAUCUCCGGGAAGACUAACGACCCCGGGUGGUCCUCUCCCACGCUCUUGGCACCAGCGAGGGCAGUCUUCUCGACGGCGUCACCUGAAGGAGUUCUCCCUGACUCUCUUCCAGAGGGCGACAGCUCCUUGAUGCCUGGUUUGACACAAGACGCUUCGUCAGGAUUCACCUCUUCGUCUCCAUCAACGUCAGUGUUCCCCCUAAGACAGUUUCCUCUACACACAUCCCUCUUGGCCAACUCCCAACAAAAUCUCAACAGCAGGAGUGAUCAGACUGAAGGAAUUGACACUCAGGGCGGUGAUGUCGGAUUGGAUCGGUUCAGUUUCGAGGAUUCGAGAGGUUCUGUAGGUGGAAGAGAGAAAAUUGGAGGUUCAGAACCCCCCGAAACCGGAAUCACAGGUCAUAUAGAUGUAAGUGAACAACGUGAAAAGUCUGAUUUGUCUGCUAGCAAUGCUUUCCCCACCGACGGCACCGGGCUUCUUGCACCCUCAAGUAGGCACCCUGAUGAGAAUGACAACUAUUACGAGGAAGAUGAGUUCAUUGGAGGGUCGUUUGAAGCCACUUAUGAUGAUCGAAAUCUUUACGAAGACUUUAUUGAAGAGAAGGAUAUCAUUCUUGUGAAUCGCUUGUUAGAGGUUCCCUACGGGAGAGUCAAGUACAUGGACUCGGAGAAUGACCUUAAAAUUAAGGUUUUGCCAGGUCAUCGUUGCCAAGUAAUGGUCAUCAAUAAUGAACCCGUGACUCAAAGACCGGGAAAACUAAUGCCAUCAAACUUUUCCUGUAAGUUUGGUCUUCACGAAGUGCAAUACACACACCUGGGUGGUCAGUACCCGUCAGAGGACACCGUCAAACUCUUGAUGCGCUACGACACUCGCCGAGACACCUUUAUCAUCCCCUUUACCCUCUCCACUAAGAUACUUUACGACAUGCAGCUGGAGAUGGUGACAAAGUUGGUUCCUCUCAGCGUGGACAAGCUCUUGGGCACAAGUAACCAGAUCGACAGAAGCAAUACAGUGUUUGCCUUCGACGAGUCCCGUCAUGACUGCAAGAUCACCCUCCUUCACAAGCACUCUGAACUGCCAAGGUAUGGGACUGUUGUUUCUGCCAUAGACACUCCUGUAGAUUACAUGCUUCCAUGUUAUAAGUUUCUGGAGUCAGGAAUUAGGUAUCAGCACACAGUGGAAUCUUCAACCAAACACGACCAAAUUCCUGCCGUAGUGGAGCUGUAUGAUAGGGAUUCAAUGACACUGCUCAAGCAGGAAUAUUUCCAGUUUCCCGUGCGCAUCCACCCCGGGAGAGACAACACUCCUCCAAGCGUAUCCUUCGAGUCUUUGCUCCUCCUGGAUGUGAAUCAGUUUGUCAUGACUGCCCUGACAGGGUCAGUAGUAACCGUUGUGGACGGUGAAACCCCACCAGAACGAUUGGUUUUCAACGUUACCAAAGCGUUGGAUUAUGGAGAGGGUAUUCUCGUCAGCACUGAUGACCAGAACCUACCCGUCACCUCAUUCCACCAGAGAGAUAUCACUGACUUGAAGAUCUUAUACAAACCACCGGCGGAGGAUUCCAACUCAAAGCGAACUUUUGAUAUUGAGUUUGAAGUUCUCGACGAUGAAGGCUUAGCCUCACUACCAUUUAAAGUUAUGAUUGUAGUAAACCCGAAGAGGACCAGGGCUCCCAUUACCACCAAGAAUGCAGGACUGAAACUAUACGAGGGACAAUCUCGGCGUCUCAGCUCUGCACAAAACCUUGAAAUCGCAGACGAAGAUAAUUUAGGAGAUGUGACGCUGACAGUCACAGGUGGGCUGAGACAUGGGCGUCUCUUGUUAAUGGGCACUCCAACCAAGAUCUUCUCCCCGGCUGAUCUAGACACAGGAGUGGUAGUCUACCAACAUGACAACACAGACACUUACGCUGAUAACGUCCUCUUGAGAAUGAGCGACAACCAGCACGAAGUCGAGUUUCUGUUUCCCAUUACCAUCUUUCCCGAGAACGAUGAGCCUCCAAUCGCCCACAUCAACACCGGAUUCAGAGUGAGAAAGAAUGAGGUGGUUCAGAUCACGCCAUUCAUUCUGAGCGCAACAGACGUUGACAGUGAUGAUGCAAACAUUACUUUUAUUAUCCAGGAUCCUGUCCCACAGUUAGGAACACUGAUCCUACGUCGUUCUUCCCUCCCGCCCAACCCAGAGCAGUGGCAAUACAUCAGUGAUCAGUACGAGAAGUCAAUAAUAAAGUGGACACAGAGAGACAUAACUGACGGCUUCCUGCAUUACAUUCAUCUGGGGCAACAUCAGACAAUGCCAGCGACAGACAGAAUAUAUUUCAGACUCACUGAUAACGCUGAACCUCCAAAUGAAUCUGUAACCAUAGAAAUAAUCGUUGAGGUUUUGCCAGUGGAUGAUAUUCCUCCUGAGUUGAACAGUGGGUGCUCCCUGUUGCUCGUAGUCCACGAACACAAGCUAACGCCUCUCACCAGAGACAAUCUGCAUUACAUGGACCUCGACUCUAGGGACACGUCACUGGUAUAUCACAUUCAUCUUCUUCACAACGUCGAUAUUAAUGACCUGAUGUCUCCAGGAAGCAUCGUUCUGACUGAUGCCCCAGAAACUACUGUUGUAUCUUUUACUCAAGCUCAGAUCAACCAUCACAAGAUCUCCUAUAAACCACCGGAUCAUGAACUUGGGAUCGUUCCAAGAAUUGUCCAGUUUCAGUUUCAGGUGAGUGACGAGGCCGGAAAUCACCUUUCGGGACAGACAUUUACCAUUUUCUUGACACCAGUUGAUAACCAGCCACCAGAGGUACAUAACAGAGGCCUGAAGGAAGUACGAGAGAGGAGUGAAGUGGUCAUUACCACACAUCAUUUAGACGUCUCUGACCCUGACACGAAUGUAGAUAACUUGGUGUUGAGAGUAAUACAAGUUCCCAGCUACGGCAGUCUACUGUACAAUACCCUCAGUAUGACAGUGGGAAACGAGUUCACACGUAAAGAUAUCGUCAACAAAUCCAUCAGAUACUUGAACAAUGGUAAAGACGAGAUGGACAAAGAUAGCUUUAAGUUAGAAGUUACUGAUGGGAUUCACACUUUGUCCAUCAACUUCUUUAUUGAAAUUGAAGCUAUAGACGACGAGCCGCCCCAGCUAGAUCGAGAGCAAAACACUGUGGGUGCCAUGGUCAAGGUCAAGGAGGGUCAGUGGACUUUCAUCACCAGUAAGGUUCUUAGAGCUACCGACCCAGAUUCUCAGCCAAACAGACUCACAUUCAUCGUGCAAGAUGCACCGAGUUAUGGGCGAAUUCUGCUCAGUGGAGUUCCCACUUCGAGUUUCACCCAAAUGUCAAUAGAGAAAAAAGAGGUCACCUACAACCAUGACGGAGGAGACAUCGGAAAGUAUUCACUCACAGAUAAUUUUACCCUCAUUCUCUCUGACAUGUCAGAUGACUAUACUUACGGCGGGAACAGACUCGAAGAAGUUAUGAUCAUCGUCACGGUAGAACCAAUUGAUAACAUUCCUCCCCAGGUGUUUAUACACUCUGACAUCACCGUCGAGGAGACAUCAAAGUCAGUGAUAACAGUCAUGCAACUCAUGCUCAGUGACACAGACACAGAUGACGAGAAACUCACUUGUAUUAUCACCAAGCAGCCAACGAGUGGCUAUGUAGAGAAUACGUCUCCAGCACAAGGUCACCAGAUGUCAAGGAAAGGCAUCCCCAUCACAUCCUUCAGCCUGACCGAUAUAACGUCAGCUCAUCUUAACUACGUUCAGAGUGUUUACACUAAGGUGGAGCCAAGAAAGGAUCACCUGGUGUUCUACUGUACGGAUGGCAUCAACAGGUCGCCCGAAGCCACACUAAACAUCUUCAUAUAUCCAAACAAUGAUGAAAUGCCUGAAUUAUUUCUGAAAGAAUUUGUUGUCAUGGAAGGAAUGGAUCUGAUCAUGGAGCCUUCGGUUAUUGAAGCUACUGACAGAGACAGCUCUAACGACCAGCUUGUCUUCAGGGUCUCUAGAAAGCCUAAGCAUGGUCGAGUGUUGCACCAAGGGCCCUCAGGGUUCAGGGUUAUAGAUCAAUUUACCAUGGAAGACCUGAAAAUCUCAUCCAAGAUUGUGUACAGCCAUGACGACAGUGAAACCACGAAAGAUGACUUUGAAUUGCAGCUCACAGAUGGCAACCCAGAGCACCUGGUCACAAGAGAAGUCAAAGUCAGGAUUCUGCCAGAGGACGAUGAGGCACCUAGGCUCACCUUCAACACUGGCAUCCAGGUUGACAUUCAAGAAGCAACUAUAAUCACCAAUAAGGAGUUGAUGGCUCAGGAUCUAGAUUCAGAUGACAAAAAUCUCACAUAUAUCAUCCGUGAAACUCCUAGGUUCGGUGUGAUCGAGUUCCUAGAACUCACUACAUUACUGCUCUUAAAUGACCUCAAGGUUGGGAUGAAUUUCAGCCAGAGGAACAUUGACGAUGGUGUGAUUCAGUACCGACACACAGGACUUCCCGGUGUGAGGGACUCACUUAAGUUUGAUCUGACGGAUGGUAAAAACACAAACUCGGACAGAAUUUUCUACAUCAACAUUAAAGGUGAGGACAAUAUAUAUCCCAUCAUUAUAAACAAAGGAGUUGAACUUCCCGAGGGAGGAAGAGUGGCUCUGACGACAGCCAUUCUCAGUACCAGUGAUGUAAACAGUGCUGACGAACUUCUCAAUUUCACAGUCACAAGAAUGCCUUCUAAGGGUCACUUAGAACUCGCCGAAAUGCCAGGCUUCCCCAUAACUAGCUUCACACAGCUUCAACUAGCAGGGAAAAGAGUUUUUUACAUUCAUGAUUCUACAGAUGAGAUAAAGAUGGAUUCAUUUGAGUUUGUGGUUACGGACGGCUUCAACUCUGUCUUUAGGACUUUCCGAAUUUCAAUCAGCGACGUCGACAACAAAUAUCCUGUACUGUUUGUUGGAGAGUUGAGGGUUCAGGAAGGAUCUUCGAAACUCAUCACACCCUUUGAGCUCAAACUGGAAGACCAAGACACAACACCAGACCUUUUAAGAUUUACUAUAACUCGCGUCCCAUUGCAUGGCAAAGUCCUUCACAACAAGACUCGACUCACACGCCAGUUCACCCAGUCAGACUUGGAUUCAAACCUCAUCACAUACCACCACGAUGGAUCGGAGACUCUGGCUGAUCGGAUUCACUUCAUCGCAACCGACGGCACUCACGCUGAAUUCUACGUUUAUCCUGACACCGACUACCUCACCCGGAAGCCCCAACAACUCGACGUGAGGGUUGAACCAGUGGACAACGGUGUUCCCAAGCUGACGCUGAAUAAGGGUGCUUCUUUCUUGGCUUCCCUGGACAGUGACGAUGAUGGUCCCCUGGGGUUUGUGUUGUCUCCUCGCGUGUUAGUAGUUGAGGACCGGGAUUCCCCACCAGAGUCCCUGACAUACUGGGUGGAAACAUUGCCCCGGUAUGGCCAGCUGGUGGCUGUUCCAUCUUACAAUACAUCACUAACCUCUUUCACACAAGAGGAUGUGAACGAGCGUCGCGUCGCUUACCUCUUAAGAAACGACGUGAACGACACCAACGACGCCUUCAGCUUCAGCGUCGUGGACGCAGGUGAGAAUCGGAUGAGUACCCAGGUGUUCCGGCUGGAGUGGUCGUGGGUGAGUCUUGCCAAGGCUGAGUUUGAGGUCAACGAGACGACCUCUGACCUCCAUGUCACCCUCAGGAGACGCGGUUUCCUUGGUCAUACUGCCUUCGUUACCCUACAGCUGUGGAACGACACAGCGAGCGUCGAGGAGGACCUCCACCGUUCCUACGCUCGUCAGGUACAAUUCAACCCAGGGCAGAGAUCUGCAGAGUGGCGAGCCAGGGUAGUGGACGAUGCUUUGUUUGAAGGCACUGAAUACCUUACCCUGACUCUGCGUUACCCGGUCAUGACUGCCUUGGAAUCCCCCUUACAAGCCCUCAUUAUUAUCCGUGAUGACGAGGAUGUGAGUCAUGUGGAGUUCGACGUCGGCAAGUCCCACGUCGAGGAAGACGCUGGGGAGGUGGAACUGCGUCUUGUACGUCGAGGUGACGCCUCCCACGAGUUAGUUGUCGCCUGCACGACACACACUACUCCACAUCAUGGCAGUGCCACAGGGACAGUGCCAACGACUGUGCUCUCCUAUUCCGACUACAUCUCUCGUCCUGAUGGUCCUGCCUCCAUGGUCAGGUUUGGUGAUGGUGAACGGGAAGCCGUGUGUAAAGUGGUCAUCAUUGAUGAUUCUCUACACGAAGACGAGGAAUCCUUCAGUGUCUUUCUUAGCAGUCCUAUGGGCGGCGUCCUAGGUGCUACCACCAAUGUUACCGUCACCAUCUUACCCGACCCCAAGGAUGUGCCUGUGUUGUACUUCAGGGAGUCAGAGUACAACAUAGACGAGAGUGUUGGAUCACUAGAGGUGGAGGUGUGGAGGUCAGGUGCUGACCUCUCAUGUGUUGCAUCUGUACAAGUGGCAUCCAAGACUCUUAGGCCUACUCAAGCACAAGCUGGAUAUGACUACGUGGCAGUGGGUCGUCAGGUGGACUUCCCAGCCGGUGUGAGGGUACAGAAGGUGGCACUGACAGUGCUAGAUGACCUGGGAGUGCCAGUGCUUGAGGGACCAGAGACACUUCUCCUGAUACUCCACCUCCCACGCAAUGCCACCCUGGGAGUCCCACACCAAGCUACGGUCACCAUUAAUGAUUCCCUCUCCGACAUGCCCAGGCUGGAGUUCCGUGAGGCGCAGUACUCGGGUUACGAAGGUGACGGGGAGGUGACUGCGUGGAUCACCCGUAGGGGUGACCUCUCCCACCACGCCUCCGUCAGAUGCUUCACAAGACAGGGCUCAGCUCUGGUCACUGACGACUUCGAGGAGAGACCUGACACUGUCACUUCUACUGUCCACUUCCUGCCAGGGGAACAGGAGCGGCCGUGUAAGGUCAUAGUGGUUAAUGACCACCUACAUGAGGAGGAUGAGCAACUUCACCUAGUGCUGGGGUCACCAGCAUCUCCCACAGCAGGAGGGGCACAUCUAGGCACACUCGACAGAUCAACUAUCUUCAUCAAGGACAAGGCUGAUAGGAGCACAGUGGGGCUAGAGGAGUCGAGGUAUAUAGUGGAGGAGCCAGAGAGAGCAGGGGAAGAGAGGUUGGUGAAGCUUGGAGUGGUACGUGGAGGUGAUACCUCUAGCAGCGUCUCCCUCAGGCUUCACACCAAGGACAGCUCUGCUACCUCAGGGAAGGAUUACUUUCCCCUCAGCCAAGAAGUGGUUUUUGCUCCCAAUGUGUCUCGAGUUGAGAUGGGGGUGACAGUUCUUGGAGACAGCGAGAAGGAGCCCCGAGAAGCCUUCACUGUCCACCUUAAACCACUUAGAGGCUCCAGCACUGCCAUCACUACCUCCAAAGCCAUUGUUUACAUCGAGGAGAUGGAUUCUGUGGCAAGCGUAACAUUCCCAGCCCCACCUGUGGUGGUUUCUCUCAGGGACUAUGAUGAGGUCUCCACUGCUCCAGUUCCCAUCCCAGGCUACCCAUUGGUCUGUGUGACGGCAUGCAACAGCAGACACCCACAGUACAGGAAGACGGGAGGACUAUGUGAGCGUGAAGGCAUCAAUGACACCCUCACCACAUAUCACUGGAAGGUGGGUGCCCCUGCCCACCUGCAUGAGAUGCACAAUAACCUCAAAGAUGUUACCUCUGACACCUUCUUCACCAGCACCCGUGGCAUCACCCUAGACAGCAUAUACUUUUUCCCUGGGAGCCGGGUGCAGUGUCUGGCCAGAGCUCACUCCUCUGAGGGCAAGGCAGGCCAGGAGCUGGCAUCCAUCCCCAUGACGGUGGCCAGCAGGGAUGCGGGUUUCUGCCCACCGAGUCCUGUGGGCACCUUUGGAGCAGAUCCCUUUACUGCCAAGCUUCACUACACUGGCACUGGAGAUCCCAGCCACCCCAACAUGGUGCGUGUGGAGGUCGUCAUCCCACACAGGGAUGGGAUGAUCCCUGUACUAUCCACUCGUCCCCUCAACAGCUUCAGGCUUACACUUUCCAGGGAUGGUAUCCGUAUUGGCAACCACAGAUGUUCCAACCUGCUUGAUUUUCAUGAGGUGAGGACAAAAUAUGGGUUUCUCACCAAUCAGACAAGAAGAUCCGACGGGGCUGAAGAGCUGGAGCCCUACCAGCACUCUUCCUCUCUACGUUCCCUCCCUACACUCAGGUUUUACCGAGCGCUGGCAGUGGAGUCUUGCAUGUGGAAGUGGGUGGGUCACUACACUAUGUCUGAGCUGGUGACACAGUGUGGAGGUGAGGUAACUGCUGAUGGGGAGGUCCUGGAUGCUGUACAGAGCUUCGUCAGCAUCCAAGUUCCUCUCUAUGUGUCCUGUGUCUCCUACUCUCCCAUGGCUGCAGGAGGCUGGCAGCACACAGACCUCAGUACACAGCUUCGCUUGAGCUUUGUCUACGACACGGCCAUCUUGUGGCACCAAGGCAUCAGGGCCACUGUGGAGAGUGAACUAGCUGGUGUCCUUUACCCAACCUCCAUGAAGCUAGCACAAGACGGCCGGCUUGUGGUCACCUGCCGCACCCAACCCAGGUUCCUCGGAGUUUUCCUGGAGGAGCACACAGCCUCUGACUUCCGCAGUAGUGUGACCUCUGAUGACCACCCUGACCUGACCUUCACCCUGCAGCUACUCACCUCUCAGCCCACCUACACCCAUCCAGAACAACACUGGCAGUUUGUCUCAGACUUGGCAGUUCGGGACUACAGCGGGUCUUAUGUGGUACACCUCCUGCCGUGCACUGUGACUGAGGACCAGGUGUACGCCCUACCCCUUGUCUGCAACCCUGGGAACCUCAUCUCUUUUGACCUCAAGGUGCGCUUUCAGCAAGUGUCAGAUCCUGUACCAGAACAGUUUACCCUCAACACACUCUUCCACCUCACCAGUCAGAGGAACCUCUGGCUCUCCAACCUAACAUCAGACUUCGACACUCAGUCUGUCUCCUUUUAUCCUGGAGACAGGAUCUACGGGAGAGUGAUGAUUGCCCCAGUGCAAGCAUUGGGAGCAGGAUUCCACAUUACUCUGGAGAAGGUCUUCUUGUGUACUGGUGUUGACGGUUAUGUUCCCAAGUAUAACCCAGACACAGAUGAGUAUGGCUGUGUGGCAGACUCUGCUAACCUCCUCCACAACUUUAAGAUUAUUGAUCGUGAGGCACCAGCGAGUGUUCAACUAUAUUACAAAGAAGAGAAGUUCAACGCUCACCUGGCUGAUCACGACCCACAUCCCGAUGUUGUGGUUCUCCAGCAGCAGCCUGAUGCUGAUGGCUUCUCUCUUGACUCCUCACCGCUCUUCCAGGUAUUCCAUGGACAUCAGUGGUUUGUACACUGCAUUUAUACAGUCAAUUCAGAAGAGACUGCAGCAGCAGGCAUUACCAAGAGAGACUUGUCCACUCAAGGUGACUUCUACCACCUUCCCACCACGACGAAGGAAGACUCGCCAUGGAUUGAAAAUUUUAAUCACAUUUCCAAGACAUUUGGGCGUGGCCAUCAUUUCCGUAAAUCAGAAACGAUCGAGGCUGAUGGCAUUUUUAUACCUUUUGAAUCUGGACAUAAAGAGACACGGGUCAAGAGGACAUAUGCUGAGAAAAUCCCCACUGGCAGUAUGGGAAGCGGUACUAAUAUGCAUCGAUUAUCAUUGCGGCUACCACAACAUAAAUGGGACCCCAGCCUUUCUGAUCAGGAUUCCGAGUUCUCUGUUCUGGCCGUGAUGGUGACUCUCAUGGCUGUAGUUGUGGUGACUACCAUCAUUGCCAUGGUUCUCAUCAGAGGCCGCCGUGGUCAAGCUUCAACCCCAUCGGGUUAUGUGACUGUCGCUGCUACAAGCAAGGCCAGCAACUAUGCUUUCCACAGCCGCUACUUGUGUGAAGAAAGUACCGAGGUAUGAAACAGUCGUGUGCAAAAUGGAACAAAUUAACAACUACGUAAUCCACAGUCAUCAUUACCACUUAAGUGAAGAAAGUACUGAGGUAUGAAACAGUCGUGUGUAAAAUGGGAUACAAUAGAAACUAUAUUUUCCACAGUUGCUACUAGCAUUUGUGUGCAGAAAGUGCCGAGGUGUGAUACAGUCGUAUAUAAAACUAGAAAAGUGCUAAGGAGUACACUGUGACACAGCACAGCCAAAACUGUAAUUUCAGAGUACAGAGAGAGAGAAAUUGUGAUCCCUAUUAUGUGCCUUUGUAAGCCUUUGACAUCCACCAUCAAGAUGCGAAUUGGGUGAUAAACAAGUCAUACAACUAAUAUCUUAUGCAGUUAGCCUUAAAAGCUGAAUAGACCAAAACAAUAGGCCUACUGGAGGUAAAUGUAUAUGAUAACAAGAACUGGAGAAAGAGACAACAUGGAAUCAAGAGGAUGGUGAGACACUAGUCAUUCCAAAUGUCGAAUGACCAAGAUGCCAGAAUCAAAACGCUUCCAGAAAGACAUACUUGUAGUUUAUCUGGAGAGAGUUCCAGGGGUCACCUCCCCUGUGGCCUGGUCUGUGACCAGGCCUCAUAGUGGAUCAGGGCUUGAUCAACCAAGCUGUUACUGCUGGCUGCACACAAUCCAGCAUAUGAACCAAAGCCCAGCUGGUCAGGUACCGACUUUAGGUGCUUGUCCAGUGCCUGCUUGAAGAUAACCAGGGGUCUAUUGGUAAUCCCCCUUAGUGAUACAUUUUUGUGUGUGAAAAAUUAAACACGUGCAUCAACUGGGUAUUUUUAUUACAUAAGAAUGGAUGAAUGAACUUUUUGUGUCUCCAUUAAUAAGCCUACCUGUGUGUAUCAGAAAGACGUCGACUUUUAACUCUGCCAAAUAUCACUGCCAUUUUCGUUUUUUUGUUGCCAUAAAAGUUUUCUAUUUUUGUAUUUCUACACCAGUUUCAUAUUUCAUUAUUACCUGGAGUUUACCUGGAGAGAGUUUCGGGGGUCAACGCCCCCGCGGCCCGGUCUGUGACCAGGCCUCCUGGUGGAUCAGCGCCUGAUCAACCAGGCUGUUGCUGCUGGCUGCACGCAGACCAACGUACGAGCCACAGCCCGGCUGAUCAGGAACUGCCUUUAGGUGCUUGUCCAGUGCCAGCUUGAAGACUGCCAGGGGUCUGUUGGUAAUCCCCCUUAUGUGUGCUGGGAGGCAGUUGAACAGUCUCGGUCCCCUGACACUUAUUGUAUGGUCUCUUAACGUGCUAGUGACACCCCUGCUUUUCAUUGGGGGGAUGGUGCAUCGUCUGCCAAGUCUUUUGCUUUCGUAGUGAGUGAUUUUCGUGUGCAAG